GUCACUGUUUUUUUUCUGUCUGGAGGUCAUUUGGGAGCUGUGUGCUGUUAGCGGGAGCUUCACUUGUGAUUCCCCCUACAAGACUAUUAUUGUUAUCUGAUGGGUGGUAGCAGAAUCUGAAAGUAUACGACACACCCUGAAAUAUGUCUCAGGCUUCUUCGGGGUUCCCGGGUGCCCCGCAACAACACGGGGUCUCUCCUCAGGGUCCGAUGGGACUAGACUACAUACCCACAGAGGAGGAGAGAAGAGUGUUCAGGGAGUGUAAUCAGGAGAGCUUCUGGUACAGAUCUGUGCCAUUCUCUGUUGCGGGCAUGUUCCUCACCCAGGGGCUCAUUUCCAGAGGGGUCCUGACGUCAUCCACAAGGUUUGGCUCUCUGCCCAAAGUGGCAUUCGCUGGGCUGUGUGGGUAUCUGGCAGGGAAGAUGUCCUACAUGAAGACAUGCCAGGAGAAAUUCAAGAACCUGGAGAAUUCUCCUCUGGGAGAGGCCUUGCGCCAGGGCCACCGCAACCUGCCCCCUCAGUUCAGCCCCCAGAAGCAGUUGGACGAAGCAAAUCAGACGGCAUUUGAGUCAAACUCUCAGCCCUCAUUGGACCUCCAAGGGCCCGCCCACCCUUACAGCGACUUCUCCUAUAGCGACUCGUCCUACCAGCCCGCCCCUUUCAGCUCCGCCCUUAGUGACUCCGCCUACCAGCCUGCCCCGUUUAGCUCCGCCCUCAGCGAGUCUGCACCCACCGGGGCUGCGGAUGACGUCAGCCCGCAAGCCCCACCUUACCUGGAGGAAGAGGAGAAGCCGAAGAAGAGGAGCAUUCUGUACGAGGAGCUGCGCAGUAAGAACCGCGAGAACUACGAGGUGACCCUGACCCAGAAGGCCGAGACCCUGCUCAAACCUGCCCCAGACAGGGCCGCGCCCAAGAAGGAGGUGAAGAAGAACAUUUACGGAGACACCUGGGAGGAGUGAUCAUCAUCAGCUGCGGGGGGGGUUCGCAUGCGCAGCUCUGCGCAGCGGUUGCAGGGGAAAGUGUCUAUCUGGCACGCAGAGUGCUUCUAGAGCCAGCCCUUUGUCUUCAGUACUUGUGAGUCAGCUUCUGUUGCUUCACUGCAAGGCCUGGAGAGGGAGGUGUGACCACACACACAUCUAAAAACAGCACCUCUCUUCUGUGUGAAAUCUUCUGUCGAGAAAUUAAUGUGACGCGUUUGUCCAGAAUACCAUUAUUAAACCAAAUUGGUUUCAGCUCACUGAUUACGUAUGUCCGUGAGGUCUUGCUCUGUAAGGCGGGGCUGUUGAGUAUGAUUUGUUUUAAUGACUCGAUUCAUUUCACUUGAUUCAGUAUUCAGUUUCCUUUGGGGCUGAUUUUCAAGCGGGGCCAUGUGAACAAUAUCACAUGACCUGUAUGGGUGCACGCUGAAUCUGAGUGAGUACACACUAAAACUGAGGAUUCACAGCUGCUUCAAAAAGAACAUUUUAACCAACAUUACAACACUCCACAGUUCACUCCACUCACAGUAUCAGUAUAACCAGGUAAUCGUAGUUGGUA